AUGGAAACGGCCAGAGGCGGUCAGUCCGUGGCUUGGCAACGAAGCAUGUACGUCCUUAUUAGUCAACUCAGUUGUGUUGGUGACCGCUCCCUUCCAGGAUGGAAACCCCGGGACAACACAAACCCAUGGUUGGUGACGCUGGCAGAUAUAGUUGUGACACAGCCAGUGACAGUCUUUCAUCAAAGCUAUCACCUCGUACCAUACUUCAAACACAGAUCCGUUUGUCGGCAUUGCUCAGAUUGGGCCAUCGCCUCCAACGAGCUUGGGCAAACUGACGGUAUCCCAGCCCUCGUGCUUCCCUCGGGUGGCAUGGCAGUUAGGUACCUAGAGAGUGUUACAGAUGAACGAUUUUUCCGUAGACUGUCUUUACUGGUAGUUGAUCAGGUGGCUGUUGAUCUGUUCGCCGAGCUUAGCAAUUGGCUCGCAAACGUUUCGUCCCCAGUCGAGGAGACAUCAUCAGUGCGCGGUUGA